UUGUAACACAAUGCACCUGCUUUGAGUAAAGGUAACCACAUAAUUAGCUCAUCUCAGAUGUGAGAGAGCGAGGCAGAGGAACAACACGCACUUUGUCUACAUCUUGAUUUUACAUCCUGCGUUGUGUCUGGAGUCUACAGAGAAGCAGGCUGAGAUUCUAAGCACCCUCUUCUUCUCAACAUGUCUCCAAAAGGAGGGACAUUUGUCUUCCUGCUCAUGGUUGCCUGUGCAGUUUCAUCUUUGAAACCUGAUGAUAUGCCCAGAGAUGUGCAGGCCUUCAAAGACAUGGCCAGAAGACUGAUGAAGAAGUGCAAGAAAAAUGGAUCCCCGAUGCCUCAGAUGACGCUGCUGAACACUUUGUUUGUUGACAGUGAGCUGCCUUUAAAGGAAACAAAUGAGGACCAAUCCAAUAGCUUCCUACCUACUUUCCUGAGUGUCUUGCAGUCAGUGUCUCCUGUCAAAAACCCACCUGGCAGAGUCCGUUUAGACGACAUGGAUAAAAUGACAAACGACAUGUUGAACUGCAGGAAUCUUCCAAACAUGAUCAAUCGGAUGAAGACCUCCCCUGAACCAUCGGCUACAUGCUACAUGAAAGCAUUCAUGGCCCCUAUGUCCUGGGUAACUUUGAAGAAAAAGUGUGUGAACAACAUCAGCUCAGACGACUACGACACACUUUUGUCGGCUGCAAAACCUGUGGUGCUGGACAUGCCUUCUUCAAGAGUGAACCUCCCUGACGUAGCAGUGCGCCGAGAUUUGAUGAAGUGGAUGGGGAUGCUGCGGUCGUUGUAUGGUGUCAUGUCUGCACAACAAAGGACUCGGGUGUUGAAAUGGGCAAAAGAGCAGAUCCUCCAGAACGACUUCAACUGUACAACAAACCAAUCACCUGACUCAAAAUCAACCCAGAUGAAGCCCUGCAAGCCUUCACUGAAAUGGAUGAGCUCUGGAGUGGUGGAUGCAUUGGGACCUUUCAUCUCUGGUUUAAAAAAAAGAGAUGUUGACUCUUCUACCCGAGAAAAGCUGUGUGAAUUCUUCUUCUCAGUACACAAUAAUGACACCGGGUCGGGCAAAAAGCCAAGUGUGUCUAAGGACAUUCUGCAAGGACCUCAAGAGUGCUCCAACUGUGCAGAGAAGUCUGCAGACUCUGUGAACAAUCUCCUCAGACUCAGCCCACUGGCUUGUUCUUGUCCAGCCCAUCAAAACGUGACAGCUGACCUCAGCAGGAAACUCCUCCCGCAGCUUGAUCACUGUGAUGUCAACAAUUUCCAAGUCAAAAAGCUAAAGAAGAACCUUGUUGACUCUUUGAUGUCAAACUCCAACGCUUCUCAAGCACUUCAGGACCUGGGCAGUAGUGUUAACUUGUUGUCUCCCAAACAACUGUCCAAGUUUGCUUGCGAUGAUAUCAAAGAGGUUCUCAAAAAAUUGGUAUCCAAUGUUGAAUGGACUCGUGGCCAGCUGCGCACACUGGUCAAGAAAUGCCUGGGAGAUAAGAAGUGUAAAGAGGUGUCGGUUAAGGAGCUGAUGGACCUUGGCUCAAUCGCAGGAGGUUUGCCAAGAUGUGUCCUGAAGCGUGUCAGAGCCAAGGAGAUCCUGAAUGAUAUAGAGGGUCUGAAGAAAAUCUCCAAAAGGAUGAGGAAGGGCCAGCUGAAGGCCAUGCUGCAGGGGGUGAUGAGUGAGAAUGUGGACAUAUCAGAGCUGGUUCAGAAGCUACCAGACUCCAUGAUUCCCAGUGUUUCUCUCAGACUCCUGGAGAAAGCAAACAUCAGCUCCUUGGACCAACUGAAGAAUAAAAGAUUGACUCCAGCACAGGCAGCUUUCCUGGCAAAGAAGAUGUUCAAGCAAAAGAAGCCUUUGUUCAGGAAGCUCCGUUCAGUCCUUCAGGGAAUAACCUGCAAUAUGAUUGAUAAAAUAGGAGAGAGUGAAGUUCAAAACAUGGUGCAGGACAUAGAAGAGACUCCACAGUGGCUGCCCAAAGUAGCGGCAGGGUGUGCUGCACGAAAGCUUUUCGGUCCCUUGGAAAAAACGAGAGUUGAUUAUUUCAAAACCAUCACUAAUGAUGAGAUGGAUGAAAUUCCCCCAAUCUUACUCCUUCAGCUGCCGCCCAGGAAGCUGAAGGAUCUGCCUGACUCUGUGUGCCCUGUCUUCCUGGAUAAAAUGAAAGUAGCCAACCUGAGCUCAUUACCGCUCCGUUCCCCAUCCCGCCCUGAAAUCAUCAAGAGAGCUCUGCUUUGCAUUGCAAAUGGGAAGGACUUCUCUGUGAUAACAACUGACGAUGUCGCCACGCUCCAACCGCUCUUGUGUGAGCUUUCACCUUCCCAACUGCGCCUCAUGGCCCCCUAUGUCCGCAACACCAGCCUGGAGGCAAUGGCCUCCUGCCAGCAAAUUCCUCAAAGACACAUUGCAGAUCUAACGAAGCUGAUCAUCGAGAAUUAUGGGAGUUCCUCUGAUUGGUCAGCUGAGACUCUGGACAAACUCGGUUGUCUCCUACUUUUGGAUGACAAAGCCCUAGCUGCUCUGCCAUGUAAGCCAUGGGUUAAGGAUGUUCUUUAUUCCCUGAUGUCCUCCUGCACAAUCCGCGCUCUGGGAAAAAAACUCUUUGAAUGUACCACCAACACCGCAUCGAAUGCUGCACGCAGAAGGAGAACCGGUAAGAAGGGAUGGGAUGCUAAAGUACCAACUGCAGAGAUGAUUGAAGAACUUCAAUCUCGCAAUGUCUUCUGGACACAUGCAGAUCUGGAGAAGAUCUCCGUGGAAACCUUCAUUACCACUGUGGAAACACUUGGGGAUGUCCCUGACUACAACCAAGACCAACUGGCUGUCCUCAGUGAUAAAGCAACUGAGGCCUUUGGCCCGGUGUCUCAGAUGAAUGAGAGUGUGGUGAUGCAGCUGGGAUGUAUAACUCAGGGUUUUUCGGCCAAAAACCUGUUGACUCUUCCCUUCUCACUGGACUCUCUGGAGGACAUUUCCCACUGUGGCUGGACACAGUCACAGUUGGAGCUGGUGUGGAUGGCAGUUGCUGGACAUGACACCAUAACAGUGCAGCAGCUAGAAGCUGCCGACUUGGUCUCACUGAACCAGUUCAUCUGUGGCCUCAGCUCCAAUGAGAUCAAUCAGAUCAACGUCGACGCCUUCAAGGAGGCUGUUGACUCAAUAAAUUAUAUUCAGUGCUCCUCUAAGAUUGCACAGCAGUUGAAAAAUAUUGCUGUGUCUGCGUUUGGAAAUCCCAGUACCUGGACUGAAGCUGAAGUGUCUGACCUGGGCAACAUCAUUGCUGGACUGAAUGCAACUGACUUGGCCUCUAUAAAUCCACCAGUCUUCUCAUUUCUCAGAUCAUCCAGCAUCCCGCUCAUUACACCAAACAACUUCGCUGCACUCACUGAAGAUCAUCUGAGAGCUCUUGGACCUGACAAUGCUGCCAUGGUAACCAGUGAACAGCAGGCUGCCCUUACAGAAAAGCAACGGUCUGCUCUUGAAAGUGCCUUGACAGGGACUCGUGAUUCAACACCAGAACCACUUCCGUCCAGUCAGUCAGGAGCUCCAUCGCUGGCCGUGGAGGGAAUCUUGUCCUUCAUGAAGCCCCUCCUGUUCCUCGUCAUGAGCUUACUACUGCUGUGAGAACAGUCAGCACACACUACUGCAAAACGAAGUUGAAGAAAGAAGAGAGUCGAAUGUUCAUUCUGUUUGAGCAGUUUGUGGAUUUUAACAUCAACAUAACAAUAUAAUCAAAUGACCUAGGAUAAGAAGUCUUUGUUAUUUUUAUCAAGCUUUAGAUUCUCAGCCUCUUUAUAUUCAUAAGAAAGUAUAU